AGCAGUGGUAUUAACGAACCCGAAGCCUCCGGCCAUGGCGUCGUCCUCAGGCAGCGCCAUCCAAAUCCCGAGCCGCCUGCCGCUGCUGCUGACCCCCGAAGCCGUGCUGCUGCCGGGCUCCACCAUGCGCGCCAGCGUGGACUCCCCGCGGAACAUGCAGCUGGUGCGGAGCCGGCUGCUGAAGGGCACGUCGCUCAAGAGCACCAUCCUCGGCGUCAUUCCUGACACGAAGGACCCGCUCAGCGACCUCGACGCUCUCCCGCCGCUCCACAGGAUUGGCACAGCUGCACUGGCAAUUCAGGUGGUUGGCAGCAACUGGCCGAAGCCCCAUUAUACGCUGCUGUUAACGGGCCUCUGCAGGUUUCAGAUUUUGCAGCUGGUGAAGGAGAAACCUUAUCCCGUUGCCGAUGUUGAACAGUUGGAUCGGCUGGAACAAUUUACCAACAAGUCCGAGGAGGAGCUGGGAGAGCUGCCGGAGCAAUUCUACAAAUAUGCAGUGCAGCUGGUGGAGAUGUUGGAUAUGUCCAUCCCGGCGGUGGCAAAACUGAGACGCUUGUUGGACAACCUACCCAGAGAAGCUCUACCAGAUAUUGUCACCUCGAUCAUCCGUACCAGCAACCAGGAGAAGCUUCAGAUCCUGGAUGCUGUGGGUUUAGAAGAACGAUUCAAAAUGACCAUCCCCUUGCUUGUUAGGCAGAUUGAAGGUUUGAAGCUCCUACAGAAGACCAGAAAACGCAAGCAGGACGAUGACAAACAGAUCGUAGCAAUACGUCCUAUGCGGCGGAUCGGCCACAUUCCAGGUGCUAUGGAAGAUGAGGAGGAGGACGAAGAUUACGAUGAUAUUAUUAUUCUUGAGAAAAAAAUCCGAGCCUCUCGCAUGCCCGAGCAAGCUCUCAAAGUCUGCAUCAAGGAAGUUAAAAGGUUAAAAAAGAUGCCUCAAUCCAUGCCAGAAUAUGCCUUAACCCGGAAUUAUUUGGAACUGAUGGUGGAAUUACCUUGGAGCAAGAGUACUAAAGAUUGCCUGGAUAUCCGUGCUGCCAGGGUUCUUCUGGACAAUGACCACUACGCCAUGGAGAAGCUGAAGAAGAGAGUGUUGGAAUACUUGGCGGUCAGGCAACUAAAGAACAAUUUAAAGGGUCCCAUCCUUUGCUUCGUGGGACCCCCUGGAGUUGGGAAGACAAGUGUGGGGCGAUCCGUGGCAAAGACUUUGGGUCGAGAGUUCCACCGCAUCUCGCUGGGUGGAGUGUGUGACCAAUCUGACAUCCGAGGUCACAGGCGCACGUAUGUUGGCAGCAUGCCUGGCCGUAUCAUCAAUGGCCUGAAGACCGUUGGGGUCAACAACCCUGUCUUUCUCCUGGACGAGGUGGACAAGCUUGGAAAGAGCUUGCAAGGUGAUCCCGCAGCUGCAUUACUAGAGGUUUUGGAUCCCGAGCAAAACCAUAACUUCACCGACCAUUACUUAAACGUAGCAUUCGAUCUGUCUCAAGUCCUCUUCAUAGCCACUGCUAAUACCACUGCCACCAUCCCAGCGGCUUUGUUGGACAGAAUGGAGAUCAUUCAGGUUCCAGGAUACACACAAGAAGAGAAGAUAGAAAUUGCACAUCGGCAUUUGAUUCCGAAGCAGCUGGAACAGCAUGGUCUCACUCCGCAACAGGUUCAGAUACCCCAAGAAACAACACUGGUGAUUAUCACCCGCUAUACCCGAGAGGCUGGAGUUCGUUCUCUGGAUCGCAAACUGGGAGCCAUUUGCCGGGCAGUGGCCGUCAAAGUGGCCGAAAGCCAGCACAAGGAGACAAGGCUGGAUCGCUCGGAAGGGACAGAAGGAGAUUGGAAAGAACACAACGCAGAAGAGCCCAAACCGGAAACCCUCCACGACGCCUCCGACCUAGCUCUGCCCCCUGAAAUGCCCAUUUUAAUUGACUUCCAUGCCUUGAAGGACAUCCUGGGCCCGCCAAUGUAUGACCUGGAGGUGUCCGUGCGGCUGAAUCAACCAGGCGUAGCGAUCGGCUUGGCCUGGACGCCAUUAGGUGGAGAGAUCAUGUUUGUGGAAGCCAGUCGGAUGGAUGGGGAAGGCCAGUUGACCCUCACCGGGCAAUUGGGGGACGUCAUGAAGGAGUCGGCCCACCUCGCCAUUAGCUGGCUGCGGAGCAACGCAAAGAGAUACCAACUGACCAACGGUAGAGGAGGCUGAUACCAACCCGAUGUGUCCUUUUAGCGGGGGUCUCGCUACAGAUCUGUAGACCGGCUCAGCAAUCACACUUUCUGUGUUUGAGAUGCAGCCUCACCAAUGGUGGGAGAAGGUUGUGGCUUACCUGGGCAAGAUAAGUGACAAAUAAAUUUAAUAACAACAACAGCAAUAAUAAUUACUCAGAACUGUCUAUAUAUUCAGAUGCUACCUUAAUAGCUCUUAGGUCCUUGGUUAGGAACUUUUAAGUUUUUACUACUACUUACUACUACUAC